GCCAUUACUGUCGUAGGAGUCAGAGUCAGAAGUAAACCAUGGACCCCCGUACCAGUGCCCAGGACGUGAUGCGAUGUGACCUGUGUGAGACCGCUGUGGUACAGAUGCACUGUGAUACAUGUCUUGUCAACCUGUGUAAGGCCUGUGUGGGAGAACACAUGAUAUCUGAUCAAACCAUAAAACACGUAGUUGUCACAUUUCAGUCUAGGAAAUCUACUCCUCUCUACCCUGAAUGUACAACUCAUCUCAAAGAGCGAUGUAAAAUGUACUGUGAUAAAUGUGACAUUCCUGUCUGUACAAAGUGUCUAGCAUCUGAUCAACACCUGGGUCACAAGUUAUCAGAAAUCUUAAAAGUUGUGGACAAUAAAAAAGACAAAAUCAUCAAGGAUCUAACCGAAUUAAAUGAAACAAUUUACCCAACCUACCAGGACAUUGCCUCUGAUGUACAAAACACAAUGAGUCAAUUAGAAAAGAAAUAUGAAGAUCUCUCAACAGCCAUAACAAAACAUGGAGAGGACUGGCACAGAGAAAUUGACAAACUUGUCAAGAAACUUAAAGCUGAAGUUGAUGAGAUGAAAAACACACAGUUACAAACUCUACAGAAACAUCUGGAUGAAAUAAACAAGACAAUGUCUGACAUCAAGGAUGAAAUCAAUUCAGUGGAAACUGUCAUAGAUAGCAAUGACUUGUCAAAACUGUUUAAAGUCACUUCAAAUGUAAAUAUAUACAGAAGCCUUCCACAAAAACCAGUACCAACUUUAUCAAAAUUCAUUCCAGAAAAAAUUCAAGAAGAAAAACUCGGUAAAAUGUUUGGAACUUUAUCAUCAAGUUCUUUAACUUCAGAUAAACAUGGCUACAGCAUGAAGACAACACAGAAAUCACCAGAAGCUGGAUCCUCUCCUCCAGUCAAACAGCUGCUUGAUGAACCAGAGACUGUCACAACCAUAAACACUGGAUAUACAGGUAUAUUUAAUGGACUCUACAAUGUUGCCUGUCUGAGUGAUGAAGAAAUCUGGACAAGUGGAGAUAACAAAACCAUGAAACUCUACAGCAUUAAUCAGGGAUCACUACUCAAGUCAAUCACAAUCAAGUCAUUGAGAUCUAGAGGAAUAGGAGACAUAGCAGUGACAAAAAGUGGAGAUCUAGUUUAUAGUGAUUACAAUGAUAGAACUGUGAACAUUGUGAAGAAUGAGAUGAUAGAGGAGGUGAUCAGACUACAGAACUGGAUACCUCACGGUGUCUGUAGUACCUCCUCUGGUGACCUCCUGGUUAUUAUGGACAGUGAUGAUCGGAAACAAACAAAAGUUGUCCAUUACUCUGGCUUCACAGAGAAACAAACCAUUCAGUUUGAUGAUAAAGGUAAACCUCUCUAUUCAUCUAGUGGAUAUAUUACUGUGAACAGGAACCUGGAUAUCUGUGUGUCUGACUGGGAAGCUAAAGCAGUAGUGGUGGUCAAUCAGGCCGGGAAACUGAGAUUCAAGUACACUGGACAUACUCCUGCUCCAAAGAACAAACCAUUCAGUCCACGAGGAAUCACCACAGACAGUCAGAGUCACAUCCUUACAGCUGAUUAUUACAAUGACUGUGUCCACAUCAUAGACCAGGAUGGACAGUUCCUCCGUUACAUAGACUGUGGACUGAGUUAUCCCUGGGGACUGUGUACAGAUACAAAUGACAAUCUGUUUGUUGCUCAGUGGAAGAACAGACAAGUGAAGAAAAUCAAAUACAUGUGUUGAUUUUAGGGCUGUGUAUUGCUCAAAUAAAACCUAUAUGACACAAUACAAUACAACUUAAAACCACUAUGCAGUAUAUCAAUUCUUUUUAAUUAGUUGUAUUUGAAAACUUCCUAUAAAAUAAUUUAAAAAAAAUGAUCAGAAUCUUAUCAACAGAAAGUAUUUGUAGUUAACAUGGUUAAGUUGUUAUAUGAUAGGAUUGAUGCAUGAAGUAACA